AUGAUUGUCUCGUCCUGGGAUCGCCAGAGGGGUAUAAUAUACAGGGAGGCCAGGCAGCCUGGAGUUAGUCGACCGUUGCCAGACGUUGAGCUGCAGAAGAUGAGUCCAAAGCCGAGAGCCUCGGGACCUCCGGCCAAGGCCGAAGAGGCAGGAAAGAGGAAGGCCUCCUCUCAGCUGAGCCCCAGUGGCCCGAAGAAGAAGACUGCCAAGGUGGCCAAGAAGGGAAAAGCAGUUCGUAGAGGGAGACGCGGGAAGAAAGGGGCUGCGACAAAGAUGGCGGCCGUGACGGCACCUGAGGCGGAGAGCGGGCCAGCGGCACCCGGCCCCAGCGACCAGCCCAGCCGGGAGCUCCCUCAGCACGAGCUGCCGCCGGAGGAGCCAGUGAGCGAGGGGUCCCAGCAUGACCCCCUGAGUCAGGAGAGCGAGGUGGGGGAACCACUGAGUCAGGAGAGCGAGGUGGGGGAACCACUGAGUCAGGAGAGCGAGGUGGAAGAACCACUGAGUCAGGAGACCGAGGUGGAAGAACCACUGAGUCAGGAGAGCAAGAUGGAAGAACCACUGAGUCAGGAGAGCGAGGUGGAAGAACCACUGAGUCAGGAGACCGAGGUGGAGGAACCACUGAGUCAGGAGACCGAGCUGGAGGAACCACUGAGUCAGGAGAGCGAGGUGGAAGAACUACCGAGUGUGUAGACGGCCAGCUACUCCCCUAUCUCCGAGAGCAGCGAGUAAGUUCAGGCCCAGCCGCCAGACCUCAGAGAUCUCACCAGCGGGGUGCUUGCCAUUCUGAUGAUAAUAAAAUGAAUGUGUUGCAAAUUGA